UGACGCGAGUGCGUCGAGCCCGCGGGGACCGACCGCCCCCGGUACACCGGCGGGGAUCGAUCGGCACGGCUCGGCUCGAUCGCGCUCCGCUAUGGAGGCGCUGCGUGCGGCGGGGCGCGCCGUGCUGCGGAGCCCGCGCCUCGCCCGGCACGGCCUGGGGCUCCGCCGGCGGCGCAAGCUUCCUGAGAGCUGGGCUGAUAUGCAGGAGCCACUGCUUGAGGGGAUGUGCUUCACCCUCAAGUAUCUGGGCAUGACUCUGGUAGAAAAACCAAAAGGAGAAGACAUGGCUGCUGCUGCCAUCCGCAGGAUCGUGGCCACGGCACGGGUUGGAGCUCGCAAGUUUCAGAAGGUGAUUCUGACAGUGUCUCCAAGGGGCAUCUCACUGCAGGAUGCAGACACUAAGGAGAUGGUGGAGAACAUCUCCAUCUACAGGAUCUCCUACUGCACAACAGACAAGCUGCAGAACAAAGUCUUUGCUUACGUUGCCCAGAGCCAGGAGAGCGGGGCACUGGAGUGCCAUGCCUUCCUCUCACCCAAGAAGAAGAUUGCCCAGGCUGUUACUCUGACUGUGGCCCAGGCCUUUCAGAUGGCACUGGAUCUCUGGGAAGCAACACAUGCAGGCUCUAGGCAGGAUCAGCCCCUUCACCCUUCAUGUGUCUUGGAGAGCAGUGAGCCUGGCAGACCCCGUGAGCCAGCCCCCCCAGGGAGUGCUCCCUUCACACACCAGUUUGGGGAGGAGGAGGAGGAGGAGGAGGAGGAGGAAGAUGAUAAUGUCAGUCAGACCUUAUCUGGCAGCAUGGAGGAGCUGGGGAGGGGAGCCCACAGCACAGCAGAACUAAUAACUCUUGUGGCCCCAUCAAGCUCUCCUACAGCACAGCUACUGUGCUACCGCCUGGGGCCACCCCCGGACAGCUGGAUGGUGCUGGGAGGGGCUGGGGACUCCCCCAGCACUGGCCCCAGGACUGCUGGCCCCAAGACCCCCCUGGGCUAAGCCAAAUCUCUGCGACAAUGGACCAGCCACUCAGGAUUCACCCUGUGCCUGCACGUGGGCCAGCCAGUGCCCGCCGCUGCCCUGGUGCUGCCCUCCCGGCACGGGGGCUGCUGGCACUGCUGCGUGGAGUGCACAGGCUGCCACAGCUGCUCCUUGUGCUGCGCCCCUGCAUGAGCCGCCUGGAGCUGCAGCUGCUCCCAGCUCAGGCUGGGGUCCCACACUGCUCGCUCUGCUCGCUACCAGGCCGUGCAGGACCUCCCUGCCUGCUCUGAGCCUGCCUGACCCUCAGGGAGCAACAGCUCUUGGCCUGGAGCAGUGCCUGAUGAAGGCCUUGCCCCUGCUGUUCAGCCCCAUACCCUCUCACAAGUGAAAUGGCCUGGUUUUUAAAGGAAAGCUCUGCCUUUAUAGAGAAAUAAACUGAGUUUUUUAGUGUUGUCAUUUGGGUUUGAAUGCUGCAUGGGUGCCAUGCAUAAGCAUGCAGGGUGCUGUGUAUCCUGCACUGCCUGUUAUGCCCAAGCUCCUGGAGCCUAGAAUUCCCACUCUUCCUUGGCUGUGAGCCCUGAGGGAACAGUUCCUCCUCAGCUGAGGGCUGCCAGGGCCCAGGCUGCCUCUCUGGCUUGGGAGGAGCAGGUUCAGGCUGUGCUGUACUG